CGGUCGGUCGGUGUGUCAGACGCGGAUCCUCCAGAAGUUUUGCGCCUGACCCCGAUCAUCUCGCCCGGAGUAUCAAAUCUGCGCCAAAGCCCUCAUCAGUGUACGGUUGUUCUGGGUUAUGGAACUGGAUAAAAUGGACGAAAACGACUGGAAAUAUCACGGGGAGGGCAACAAGAGCCUGGUCGUGUCUCAUUUGCAGCACUGUCAAGUUCUUCGUCUGCUGAAGUUUCCCUCCGAAGACUCAGCACAUACGCGACAGACCGCAGAACAAGCUUUUCGACACAUCCUCAACAUCGUGGAUUAUAGUAAAUACGUCAUGAAGCCUUUACUGGGGGAGAAAUACGUUCACAGUGGCGAGGUUGUAAAACUACCGCUGGACUUUGUGAGACAGCUGUCGCUGAAGGUCCAACAAGAACGACCUGAACUGCGCUGUGAUAAGGUCAUGGACACAUUCAGUGGGUGUGGUUUAUGCCUUCCCAAUCUGACCCAACUCCCUCUUCACCACCUCAGAGACCACAGACCUCCAAUCUGCGUUGAGAUUAAGCCAAAAUGUGGAUUUCUACCCUUUUCAAGGCACAUAACCAAGGAAUGCAAGCGUAAAGUUUGCAGAUUCUGCAUGCAUCAGCAUUACAAGGCAACCAAUGGGAAGUGGAAGCGAUUGAGCAGAUAUUGCCCGCUAGAUCUCUUCUCAGGGAGCAAACAGCGGAUGUAUGUUGCAUUGAAGAAUCUGUUAGAGGAGCCACAAAACAACUUGAAAAUCUUCAAGGGUGGAGAGUUGAUAUUUAGCUGUAAAGACGACGCCAAGCAGCAACCCGAACUAAACGAUCUCAUCCAGCACCUUCGGCCUUAUUUCCCUCACAGCAACGGCCUCUAUAACGGCCACCAGCCUGGCAAAGCCGUCCUGAACGAGUUCAUUCAGGUCAUCUGCUCCGCUCUGCUCAGCGGCGGGGACUCGAAUCGCUCGGGAGAGCCCAGAAAAGUGCACCUGUCCGAGAGCAGGCCGCUCUGCGAAGCCAGUCCCUUCCCAAGAGACCUGCUCCGCAACGGAAACCACGGUCUCCCUAAAGACAGCGUCCUCGCGAAAAUCCUCCAAGUCCAGAUGCUGGAUAACCUGGAUAUUGAAGGAAUCUACCCUCUGUAUAAACGUGUGGAGCAGUAUCUAGAAGAGUUCCCGAAAGAAAGAAACCGACUGCAGAUAGAUGGGCCUUACAAUGAGAGUUUCAUGGACACUGUGAAAAACUGCCCUACUGAAGAUGACGGGUCUGUGGAGUAUGCAGUUGGGAAGGUUCACCAGUAUAGAGUCGCAAUGACGGCCAAAGACUGCUCAAUCAUGAUCACGUUUGCACCUUGCGAGGAAGACGAGGAACACCAGUUGAAUUUGGAGAAGCCUCGUUUCACCUACUCCAUCUCCAUCCUGGAUCUGGACCCCAAACCGUAUGAAGGCAUCCCUCACCAGUACAAGCUGGACACCAAAAUCGUCAACUACUACCUGCGGAGCACGCAAGCCCCGCCCCCCUCCAGCCUAUAUAAGGAAAGGCAGGAGUGCACGCUGCUCUUCCACGCUGUAUGAGACACCUCCACGAGUGCUGCUUGGGAAACGCCUAGAAGUGCAGUUGAAAUAGUGAUAUAGUUUUGUCCUUUUUGUUCGCUAGCCUGUCUAGUUGUUCGCCCUCCCACGGUUGUUGCCGGAGCGACUUGAUGUUUUGCUUCUCGAGGGUGAUGUUCUCACUGGGGCUGGUCUCCUAAAGCACAGAAUACCUGAAUGAGUCAGUCAUUGGCUGUAAAAAGGGAGGACAAGGAGGGUGUGUGUGUGUGUGUGUGUGUUUUUGUGCAGCGCUGUUGGGUGUUUCUCACACGCGGCAGCGCUACUGUGGUUUCCAAGUGCCAAAAGUGGCUUACAGCAAUUUUUUUCCCUAAUGAACGUUUUACCGUGCAUCAGCUUGGCCGUGUCUGCAGUCGCUGAACUGCAGUUUGGAAUUCAAAAGCAGACGAGUACUUGAGUUUUUAGCGCGACUACAUCCCAAGAGCUCCUCAAACCACUGACCCUUGGCGAGCUACCGUAGCGGGAGUUAUACUGACAAGCACAGACCUGUUGCAUGCUAGCGAAUGAGGUCGCGCUAAUACCGUCACUACCCGCAAGAUAGAUUUUAUAAAUUAGAACACAAGUCUAAUGAUAUUACUCACUAAUGGAAGUAUUUUUGUAACCUACGCUUGGCUGGCGUGAACGUUUGCCGGCAUUUACAAAUCGAAGUGUCUUGUUAAAGAGUAGUACACAAAUAAAAAAAAUUGCCGAUAUAAUCCUCAUGUCAUCGCAAAUUUCUGUGAUAGAAUUGUUACAAUAGCUUGACGGUUUAGGGCCUUGCACACGGAGUCCGAAAUUUUCUCAUGUUAUAAAAUAAAUACGACCUCACGUUGUGUCAAUGAUGUUUACAAACUGCUUCCGAAACUUUGUCCGUCAUAAAAAAAAUGGAAUUGGGCUAGUUUUUUUGCGUUUUCACAUCUGUAGCAAGCAUUUUUAGAGGUUUUUGAUAAUUCUGAGCCAUCUUGACGAAUACGAAAAUUUCAGAAAUUCUGAAUGAAUGUUAUACUUUUAAACGAUUGUAAGUAUGACUAAAAGUCAGAAGAGUUUAAAUUUAUGCGUUUUUCGUAUUUGUCAAAAUUCGAACAUCACGGUGGCUCUGAAUUGUCAAAACACUUCUCAAAAUGCUUGCUACGGAUGCGAAAAAUGCAAAAAAUUGAACCCGAUCUGAAUUUUUUUAUGAUGGAUGAAAGUUUUAAAGUCAGUGUGUAAACUUUAUUGACAUAUUGUGAGGUCGUAUAUAUUUUUUGACGUGAAAAUUUCGUUCUUGGUGUGCAAGUACUGUUUGUCUGAAAUGUAAAUGAACAACAUUUUUGAACAAUUAUCAGUAUGACUAAAGGUCCUUGCACACGGAGUCUGAAAUUCUCAUCAAACAUUUUGGCACUUUGAAAAAAAUAACAAACAAUUUUCAUAAUGAGCGUUUUGAGAGGUGUUUUGACAAUGUGACGAAUUUUGACGAAUACAAAAAAACUUCAAAAAUUCAGUGUGCAACUGAACUGUGAAUGAACGUAAUAGUUUUGAAUGAUCAUUAGUAUGACAAAGUUAAAAGAGUUAAUUUUCAUAUGCGUUUUUCAUAUUCGUCAAAAUUCGAACAUCACGGUGGCUCUGAAUAGUCAAAACACCUUUCAAAAUGCUUGCUACGGAUGCAAAAAAUGCAGAAAAUUAAAUGCGAUAUGAAUUUUUUUUUUUAUAAAGGACAAAAGUUUUAAAGCCAGUGUGUAAACUUGAUUGACAUAUCGUGAGGUGGUAUAUAUUUUGACAUGCGAAAAUUUCGUACUUGGUGUGUAAGUACAUUUCAUUUGAAUUGUAAAUGAACACAGCGUUUUUGAAUGAUCAUCAGUAUGACUAAAAGUCCUAGCACACUGAUUCCAAAAUUCUUGUAUGCGUUUUUCAUAUUUGUUUUUUCGAAUAUGAAAAAAAUGCAUACGAAAAUUCUGGACUUGGCAUGCAAGGACCUUUUGUCCAAAUUGUGAAUGAACAUAUUUAUGUACUCACAUCAGCAUGACUAAAAUGUCCUUGCCAAAAAAAAGGACCUUUCGAAUUGUCGAAACGCUUUUCAAAAUGCUAACUACCAAUGCGAAAACUUAUAAAUCUGAUUUUUAUAACGGACGAAGAUUUUGGAGGCAGUGUGUAAACGUGAUUGACACAACAUUAGGUCGUAUUAUUUUUUUGUGUGACAAUUUUGGACACUUUUUGUCUGAAUUGUGAAUAAACAACAUUUUUGAACAAUCAUCACUAUGGCUAAAGGUCCUUGCAGACGAAAUUGUCGUAUGCGUUUUCAUAUUUGUCGAAAUUCAUCACUGUGUCUCAGAACGGUCUAAACAGCUAUCAAAAUGCUUGCUAGGGAUGUGAAAAACACAGAAUUUAACCUGUUUCGAAUAUUUUUAUGAUGGAAGAAAGUUUCGGCGUGAUUGACAACGUGAGUUCGCAUUUAUUUUUAAACGUGCGAAAAGUCUGGACGAUGAAACUCUGAAACUUUAGUCCAUCAUAAAAAAAAUUGGAUUGGGUUGAAUUUUCUGCAUCUGUAGGCGAAUACGAAAAAAACGCAUAUGAAAAUUUCUUUUGUACGAAUUGUGAAAGAAUGCAAGAUUUUCGAACACGUAAGCAUGACUAAAAUGUCCUUGCAUAUUUGAUUACGAAGUUUUCAUUUUCGUGUUUUUUUUUCGUAUUCGUCAAUAUUUGUCAAAACGCCUUUCAAAACAUUAGCUACAGAUGCAAAAUGAAGAGAAUUGAAAUUGAAAAUUGAGUCCGAAAUUCUCGUCCAAAAUUUUCGCACGUUAAAAAAAGAAAUACGACCUGCCGUUUUGUCAGUCAUGUUUACACACUGACUCUGAAACUUUAGUCUUGUCAAAAAAAAUAAAAAAUUCGGAUCGGGUUGAAUUUUCUGCAUUUUUCGCAUUCGUGGCAAGCAUUUUGAAAGGUGUUUUGACAGUUCUAAGCCAAUUUUGACGAAUAAGAAAAAACGCAUGUGAAAAUUUCAGUAUGACUCAAUAUGCAAGGACCUUUUGUCCGAACUGUGAAUAAACUCAACGUUUGCGUUUACCAUUAGUAUGACUAAAGGUCCUUGUACUCUGAGUCCGAAAAUUUCGUAUGCGGUUUUUUUUGAUGUUCUUUAAAAUUCGGCAAGCACAGAACAUCACGGUUGCUCUGAAUGGUUUUAAACCUUUCAAAAUGCUUGCUACAGAUGCGAAAAAUGCUGAAAAUUGACCCCGAUCCAAAUUUUUCUGACGGACGAAAUUUCAAAGUUGGUGAAUAAACAUGAUUGACGUGACGUCGCAUUUAAUUUUUAACGUGCGAAAAUUUCGGACUCAGUAUGCAAAGACCUUUUGUCCGAAUUGUGUAUAAACUCAACUUUUUCAAACCAUCAUCAGUAUAACUAAAGGUCCUUGCAUGCCAAAACUUUUUGUAUUCGUUUUUUUUUUGUAUUCGUCAAUUGUAGGCUCUAAAUUGUUUCAAACCUUUCAAAACGCUUGCUACGAAUGCAAAAAAAAAAAAAGCCGAAAAUUUAACCCUGAUCCUAUUCCUUUUUAUGACUAAUGAAAGUUUCGGACUCUGUGAAAGGACCUUAAGUGUGCAAAUCGUAUAGACUACUUUAUGGUGCUUUAUUUGAAGCUUGACAGCCUUUGGUCACAUACAAACUCUUGUAUGGCAAAAAUCGCUUAAUGAUUCUAUAAAUAGUGGAAAAACGAAAAACGUCACUAUACAGUUUUUGGUCAAAUAACUACUUUAACGCUAGUCCAUCAUCUCAAACAUGAAACACCAUCGUUUUUCCCAGAAAAACUGCUGUGGGAUGCAAAAUCAUCAGUGUCUGUCCAUCAACAGUUGCUUUGGUUUGUGAGUUUUACAUGCUUGGUUGUCAUCUGUUUUGAAAACGCAAAGCAGAGGAAUCUAUCCCAAGCAGCUUGAACGCUACUACGGCUGCGUUUGGAUUGAGUUCUGAUGGCUGUAAUUGGUUGCAGAGCCAGGCAUAUUUCAUAAGUCGACCAAAGAUGGACAGCACACCAGUUUUCGUUAACAGUAAAAUGAAUGAUCCAGCAGUUUUUCCAUUGGCGUUUUCUUUUCAGAGAAGCAGUACAGGCCACAGAAACAGUAGUGUUGAUUUAACGUUACAUGAGUGUGGCGCCUUUAUCCGUAAAACCCAACCACGGCGAGGCGGUUCGCGCAGUUUUCCGGUGCAACUUUAACACUAAAGACGGCACCUCACGGUCGCCUUUCUCUGUCAUGGGGAAUAUUACUGUUACAAUAUACUGUGGCGUGAGCAACGCUCAUGCUCCCGUUUACCUCUUUUAGCGUGAUGCGAACUGCGUCGGCUUGCUUUGCUCAAAGCAGUUCUCAUCAGGCGGAUAGUGUUUGCAUUUUAUAUGGAUGAACAUUCAACAUUGCCAAACUGUGUUCACACUCCCCUUUGUCUUAAUGUGAACUGGUGUCAAGAAAAGUAUUAAUACGCCUUACCUGUGAGCGAAAGCGCUUUUUUUGACUGUCAUGUUUUGAUGUAAUUGACUGAAAAGUGCAGUUUCUCCACAACAGACGUUGCUGUAUUUGCCUUUGUUUUCACAACAUCCAUCAUCUUUCCCCUUUUGAACCAGAGAUGUUAUAAGUCUGAGGUGGUGACGUUGUUAUUCUAAUGAAAUAAAGAUCUAUAAUCACUAUGUAGGUAGGAACGGACAUUAAUUCUGUUAUUAAGCAAGGAGGAUCACAGUUUCUGUGACGGAGUCUAAUGUUAAAAUUUAACUAUUUGACAAUACAAAGUGGAUUUUGCUGUCGAACAUUUUGUAUUUAAAAUUAUUUAUUUUUCUAGCUCUUGUCUAAUGAUGUAUAUUUCCAUACAGUGUGAGCAUAUCAUGCGUAAAAACGAUUGACACGUACAGGUGGCAUCAGUAUGUAGUUCCUAACGGGUGAUUGUACAGGUGUUUAUAUGGAAUAAAAAGAUUAGAUAUGAAGCUC